AUGACCAAACGCACCAAGAAGGUAGGAAUCGUUGGUAAGUAUGGGACCCACUAUGGGGCCUCGCUCCAGAAAAUGGUGAAAAAGAUUGAGAUCAGCCUGCAUGCCAAGUACACUUGCUCCUCCUGUGGCAAAACCAAGAUGAAGAGACGCACUGCGGGCAUCUGGCUCUGGCGCUUCUGCAUGAACACAGUAGCUGGUGGAGGUUGGAACUGCAAUACCACUUCUGUCACGGUGAAGUCUACCAUCAGAAGACUGAAGGAAUUGAAAGACCGGUAG